AAAAUAAAAAACGCGGAAGUUUUGUUGAAGUUCGUUGACCAGCUGAGAAACAAAGCGACGAGUUGAAGUUGAACGUCGCAGUUGGAAACUUUGUAUUUGUGUCAGCAGGAAGAGACCCGAGCGCUCCAUCAUGGCCGAAAGCGUUUACGCCCCGACGACGGCUCCGAACCCCAAAUCCUCCUGGUUCACCGUCCCAUCAGAGAAUCUGGAUAAAAUCCACUUCAUCAUCAAAAUCUUCGAAGUGCUGCUGUCCUUCGUGGCCUUCAUCAUGGAGGAGGUGGUGAACAGCUGCGUCAGCUGUGGCGCCCUCUACUUCUUUGAGUUUGUCAGCUGCACAGCUUUCCUCUUCACCCUGCUGCUCCUCAUCCUCCUCUCCACCACGCUGCACACCAGGACAGGCAUCACCUGCUGGCCCACCCUGGACUUCUUGUACACCGCUGUCAUCGCUGUGUUGUUCCUCAUCGCCUCCGUCGUUUUUGCUUCAGACAAUGGAAACACAACGAUGGAGAGAACUGCUGUGGUGUUUGGCUUCUUGGCGUCAGUGAUGUUUAUCAUUGACCUCGGCUUGUUCGUGAAGGAUCGUGGGAUUCCCUUUAAGAAAGACGCAAAGCAGCAGCCCAGUAACGGCGGCCCGGCGAUAGUGGAGGCUCAGCCUGAGACGGAGAAGCUCAAUGCUGGAGAAUAAGUCUGUUUCUAUGUUCAUGCGU